AUGUCUUACCAACAGCAACAGUGCAAGCAACCCUGCCAGCCUCCUCCUGUGUGCCCGACCGUGAAGUGCCCGGAGCCAUGUCCUCCCCCAAAGUGCCCUGAGCCUUGUCCUCCCCCAAAGUGCCCUGAGCCUUGUCCUCCCCCAAAGUGCCCUGAGCCAUGUUCCCCUCCCUCAUACCAGCAGAAAUGCCCUCCUGUGCAACCUUCUCCACCAUGUCAACAGAAGUGUCUGCCCAAGAACAAGUGA